UAACUCGCGCCUCGCAGCACUGGGCGGCCGGGGCCGGGCAGGGCAGUGCGGGGACACCGGGGGCUGGGGUCGGUCCCAGCGGGACGCCGAAAGGAGGGAAACGAGCUCAGCCCUCGGGCCUUACCGGCAGCUUGCAGCCUAGCACGCAGCCCGCGCCUGUGCGGGCGCCUGGAGCUGCCCGCUCCGCCGCAGCAGCCGCCGCGCCUGGCUGUACGCUGUGGCCGGACCCCGUGGUCGCUCGCUCACACACCCCUCGCCGCUCCGCGCCUGGCUCGCCCGCGGGGGCCGAGCGCGAGCGGGCGGGCGGGGGAGGUGAGGGGUGCGGGCGGGUGUGCAUGUGCCUGGCUGGGUGCACACCCCGCACGGCGGCGGCGCCAGGACGCGGAGCGCUCCCCAGAGCCCGGCUGCCUCGCACAGCUCCCGCGGCUGCGACCAUGUUCCAGCCCGCGGCCAAGCGCGGCUUUACCAUAGAGUCCUUGGUGGCCAAGGACGGCGGCACCGGCGGGGGCACUGGCGGCGGGGGCGCGGGCUCCCAUCUCCUGGCGGCGGCCGCCUCCGAGGAACCGCUCCGGCCCACGGCGCUCAACUACCCUCACCCCAGCGCGGCCGAGGCGGCCUUCGUGAGUGGCUUCCCUGCCGCGGCCGCCGCGGGCGCGGGCCGCUCGCUCUACGGUGGGCCCGAGCUCGUGUUCCCCGAGGCCAUGAACCACCCCGCGCUGACCGUGCAUCCGGCGCACCAGCUGGGCGCCUCCCCGCUGCAGCCCCCGCACUCCUUCUUCGGCGCCCAGCACCGGGACCCUCUCCAUUUCUACCCCUGGGUCCUGCGGAACCGCUUCUUCGGCCACCGCUUCCAGGCCAGCGACGUGCCCCAGGACGGGCUGCUUCUGCACGGCCCCUUCGCACGCAAGCCCAAGCGGAUCCGCACGGCCUUCUCGCCCUCGCAGCUGCUGCGGCUGGAGCGCGCCUUCGAGAAGAACCACUACGUGGUGGGCGCCGAGCGGAAGCAGCUGGCCGGCAGUCUCAGCCUCUCCGAGACGCAGGUGAAGGUGUGGUUCCAGAACCGGAGGACAAAGUACAAACGGCAGAAGCUGGAGGAGGAAGGGCCUGAGUCCGAGCAGAAGAAGAAGGGCUCCCAUCACAUCAACCGGUGGCGCAUCGCCACGAAGCAGGCCAAUGGGGAGGACAUCGAUGUCACCUCCAAUGACUAGGGUGGGCAACUACAAACCCACGAGGGCAGAGUGCUGCUUGCUGCUGGCCAGGCCCCUGCGUGGGCCCAAGCUGGACUCUGGCCACUCCCUGGCCAGGCUUCGGGGAGGCCUGGAGUCAUGGCCCCACAGGGCUUGAAGCCCGGGGCUGCCACUGACAGAGGGACAAGCAAUGGGCUGGCUGAGGCCUGGGACCACUUGGCCUUCUCCUCGGAGAGCCUGCCUGCCUGGGCGGGCCCGCCCGCCACCACAGCCUCCCAGCUGCUCUCCGUGUCUCCAAUCUCCCUUUUGUUUUGAUGCAUUUCUGUUUUAAUUUAUUUUCCAGGCACCACUGUAGUUUAGUGAUCCCCAGUGUCUCCCUUCCCUAUGGGAAUAAUAAAAGUCUCUCUCUUAAUGACACGGGCAUCCAGCUCCAGCCCCAGAGCCUGGGGUGGUAGAUUCCAGCUCUGAGGGCCAGUGGGGGCUGGUAGAGCAAACGCGUUCAGGGCCUGGGAGCCCGGGGUGGGGUACUGGUGGAGGGGGGCAAGGGUAAUUCAUUAACUCCUCUCUUUUGUUGGGGGACCCUGGUCUCUACCUCCAGCUCCACAGCAGGAGAAACAGGCUAGACGUAGGGAAGGGCCAUCCUGUAUCUUGAGGGAGGACAGGCCCAGGUCUUUCUUAACGUAUUGAGAGGUGGGAAUCAGGCCCAGGUAGUUCAGUGGGAGAGGGAGAGUGCUUCCCUCUGCCUAGAGACUCUGGUGGCUUCUCCAGUUGAGGAGAAACCAGAGGAAAGGGGAGGAUUGGAGUCUGGGGGAGGGAACACCAUUCACAAAGGCUGACGGUUCCAGACCGAAGUUGUGGGCCCACCAGGAUGCUCACCUGUCCUUGGAGAACCCCUGGGCAGGUUAAGACUGCAGAGACAGGGCUUAAGGCUGAGCCUGCAGCCAGUCCCCAGUGACUCAGGGCCUCCUCAGCCCGAGAAAGAGCAACGUGCCAGGGCCCGCUGAGCUCUUGUGUUCACCUGCCCUUCUGUCGCACUUGUCAGGAUGAAGGUUUCCUGACAAGCAAAUCUGCAUUCCUGUCUUUCCCUUAUGACAUCCAGACCCCUCUCUUUCUUCUUCACCUCCCAUGUGCUCAUGAAACCUCUGCUUUUUGGCCUUCAUGCCACCAUUCUGCUGGUGCUAAUGACAGUCACCAACCAGUCACCGGCCACCCCCUUGUGGCCAAACUCAACCACUUCCUGUCGGGUUCACCUGCUCCCCAAUCUGUUGGCCAUGCCCUCCGGAUUCUCCCACCCCGCUCUGCCUUCAUUUUGGUAGCUCUGACUCCUCUUCCAGCCUGAGUUCAUUCAGUGUGAUCCAUGCCUUGUCACCUCUGGCCACCCCCAGGUCAGUCCUUGGUCUUCCUGACUCCUCAUUGUGCCCUUUGCCUUGUGGGGAUCACAUCCACUUCCAGGACUUCUCUUUGGCUCCCUGGUCUGUGUCUUUAGCUGACCUCUGCUGAGCUGCAGACCCAUCAAGCCAGCUGCCUGCUCCACCCCCUGCCCCUCAGCACCUCAAAGCCCAUACAUCCACAGCCGGACUCACCUACCCAUCUGUGCUUCUCCAGGAUCACCCACCUCGACAAACAGCAUUAGACAUGUACACAGUUUCCCAAGCUCCAGGAAACCUGGGAAUCUUCCUCAAGCUUCCUCUCCUCUUCCCCAGCCCCAUCCAUUCCCAUCUAGUGGGUUGAGUCUGGACUGGCUUCCCAACCACACCUCCCUAGUGCAGCCCCCACCACCCCCCUGCCCAGCUCCCUCUGCCACCGGCCUGGCCCGGGCCCUGCUCCUCUAGGGAGGUUUCUGUGAAUGUCAAGGAUGAGGCCCACUUCAAAGGAAGCCCUCCAUGUUGCAGUUAGGUUUCUCUUCUUUGCACCCAAACAGGGCAGAGUCACCCCCUUCGGAGCCCCUUUACCCCAUCUUCUUGCCUUGCUCCCGGUACCCUUUGCUUCAGCAUCCCCAUCCCUGUCCCUGAGUGAGCCACAGGUUUUUCCUGCACUGUGCCUUCGCUCAUGCUGUUCUUCCCACCUGGAAUGUUGGGUGCUUGAUCAAUGUGGAACUCACUGGAAAGAUGUCAGAGACCCAGCCUUGCUGUCUGGACCACAUGCAGGGAUCCAAGCACACAAGGUCCUUCUGCUGGGAGCACAGACCCAGGUCCCACUCGCACUCUCAGCGUCUCUCCCCCGCCUCUGCCCACCUCACUUGUGUCCAGUCAAUGCUAGAAACCAAAGGGCUUUGUCCCAUCCCAACACCCCUUCUCCCUCCAUCAGUCAGGAAUGCAUUCUGCACAUCUUGAAAGUCCUAACAUGGAUAAGUCCAGAUUAACCCACAUGGCAACCCUCACUGCCAAGCAGGUGGGAUCACUUCUGGGAGCACACAUGCCAAGGUGUGGAAGGAAGGUGGGAGGAAGAGUCAUCCUUUUGGCCCCAGUGGGGGACAGAGAAAGGGGUGAGCUGUUCCUCUCAAGAUCCUGCCCCACUUGGUAGGGGGAGGGGGUCCAGGAAGAUCACAGCAGAGCACCCCCUGUCAUCCGAAUAAAGGGCUGGAAGGGACCCAAGGAAACCUGCCAAUCUCCUGAGGCCAGGCCUGCGGGGGGGCGGGGCGGGGAGUCCCUGCCGCACUCCCAUCCACCCCCCAUGUUGUGCCUCUCCCUGCAGACGGUAAAUAUUGGUGUUGUGACUUCAUUAAU